GCGAGGCAGCCCUGCGCGUGGGAGGGACGGCGCGCCAUUGGCUUCGGCGCGGCACAGAGAGGAGGGACCAGAGCGGCCUCCGGACCCAGGCAAAGCCCAGGCGCGCCGGGUGCCGCUCGCAGUCCGCCCGGCCCGGCCCUGCCCUGCCCUGCCCGGCGCGGCGGCGUGAUGUGAGCGCCGCGGUCCCGCUGCACGCCAGCCUCGCGGAGCCGCCCGGCGUGCGCUAGCAACGUGUUUGCUGACGGAAGGCGAGAACGGGCACUCAACUCAUCUCUGCAUCUCCCUUGCCUAGCUCGGUGCCUGGCACACAGUAGCCCCUCCACAGAGGCCGGGCUCCAGGACAAGAUGGCAGCCAAGCAGCCCCCGCCCCUCAUGAAGAAGCACAGCCAGACCGACCUCGUGAGCCGCCUGAAGACCCGCAAGAUCCUCGGUGUGGGUGGCGAGGACGACGAUGGGGAGGUGCACCGCUCCAAGAUCAGCCAGGUCUUGGGCAAUGAAAUCAAGUUUGCUGUUCGGGAGCCGUUGGGACUGAGGGUCUGGCAGUUUGUUUCUGCUGUGCUCUUCUCUGGCAUUGCCGUCAUGGCCCUGGCCUUCCCUGACCAGCUCUAUGACGCAGUCUUCGAUGGAGUUCAGGUGACCAGCAAGACCCCCAUCCGCCUCUAUGGGGGUGCGCUCCUCAGUAUCUCUCUGAUCAUGUGGAACGCUCUCUACACGGCCGAGAAGGUUAUCAUUCGCUGGACUCUGCUCACCGAAGCCUGCUACUUCGGGGUCCAGUUCUUGGUGGUCACGGCCACGCUCGCCGAGACCGGCCUCAUGUCCCUGGGGAUCCUGCUGCUCCUGGCCAGCCGCCUCCUGUUCGUUGCCAUCAGCGUUUACUACUAUUACCAAGUCGGCCGGAAACCCAAGAAAGUCUAGCUGACCGCUGGGCGGGGGCCUUUCCGGGGCAAGGAGGCCCUGGUCCUCGGUUUCCCUUUGGUUCAUGGAAGACAGAAGGACCCUGCCUGCCCCGGGCGGACAGGAGUGGCUGCCCUCCUUCCUCCCGGGCUCUCCCCGAAUGCUGUGAUCAGGGCUUUCCGGUUUGAGGAGGGACGGGGCCUCGGCACCCCUGUUCUCUGCCCCACACCAGGACGCCUCUUUGCUUGAGCCUCUUGGUCUCCAGAUCCCCUGGAUGGACAGACGGACGGACGGAAGAGCCUGCAUCACGGGGUAUCGGGCUGAGGCGAGGCCCGCCCCUCUGCCCGGAGGCCCCUCCUUCUUCGGAGAGAGGCUGAGGGCUGUCUCCUUGUCCUCCCCUCCACCCCCAGCCGAUCCAGUGCCCAGGCAGCUGGAAAACCUAGAACGUGACCUUAUGCCCCUAUGCCUUGUGGGGGGGCCCCUCUCCACCCCUAAACACAGGCACCCGUCCCUCCCCCACAGCCCAGCCAGCCGCAGGCUGACGGGUGGGGGUGGCUGUCUUUGAGCUGGCAUUUGCCCACCUCACAGGAAGGCCAUGAGCAGCAGAGCCCUGUCUCGGCCACCAUGGGCUCUCCAGGCCCUCGAUCCAGGCUGCUCUGCCUCCACCCCAGGUCCUGGAGGCCCCUAGGAGCCCGCCUCGCCCCACUGGCCUGGGACCAGAGGCUGCCAGAGGCCUCACCCACAGGCCGGCCUGACGUGGACGCGCAGAUCCACCUGUCAGUGAUGGGGCUUGAAGAUGAGAAAAGCCUUGGAACUUGGCAUGUUCUCCAGGGUCUGAUGCUCCCCUGGCUUAGCCCCUCCCCUCCCCUUACCCUCUCCCCUUCCCAGCACCCUCCCCGGGGUGCUGCCCUCUGGAUCUCCAGCCUGGGCUACCCCCAGGGUCUGGCCGGCUAGGACUGGGUGCCCUUCAAGCUCAGCUGGGGGAAAAGGUAGAGAUAUUUCAGCGGGCCACCUCCUUUCCUGUCC